AUGGACUCAUAUCGAGCUAUGUGCAAUGAAGCUGGAGGUGAAGAAAACUUGAGACACACAAAGAAAGACCAUCUGAAUUAUUGGACAAGGUUGAAAAUGAAAAAUAUUGAAGGUGGUGAUGCACAAGCAAUCUCUAAAAUAAUGUACCAGGAACUUGCUAAUGAUCCUGAAUUUUUCUUUAGAUUUAGAUUGAAUAAAGAAGGCAAGUUGAGAGCACUAUUUUGGAGAGACUCGAUGAUGAGAGAAGAUUAUAGUAUUUAUGGAGAUGUUGUAGUGUUUGAUACUACAUAUAGGACAAAUAGAUACAAUUUGAUAUGUGCUCUUAUUGUUGGAAUUAAUAACCAUUGGAAAAAUUGCAUGUUUGGGUGUGCUUUUAUUGGAGAUGAGAAAAUUGAAUCAUUUGUAUGGCUUCUUGAGACAUUCAAAAAGUCAAUGGGAGGGAAAUGCCCAAUCUCAAUCUUCACAGACCAAGAUCAAGCAAUGUGCUCUGCAAUACAAAAGGUAACAUUUAAAGAUAUACAUAAAGGUGUUAAAGUUACCUUAUUUGGAUCAUUGAAACGAGACAAGGAUUUUAAGAGAACAUUCUCCUACUGUUUGAAACGAUGUGUAACUGAAGUUGAGUUUGAAGCUGUAUGGAACUCAAUGAUUGAGAAGUAUAAUUUACAAGAAGAUAGUUGGUUCCAAAGAAUUUAUGAUCUAAAAGAAAAGUGGUGUCCAGCUCUAAGCAAAGACUUCUUCUCAGCUGGUAUCCUCUCUUCCCAACGAAGUGAAAGUACUAAUCAUGCAAUUGGGUUUAGAGCAAAUAGAUCAACAAGCUUGACUGAAUUCUAUAGCAUUUUCAAAGCUUGUAUACAGCGUUGGAGAAGCACGGAAAAACAUGAUGAGUUCUUGUGUAGUAAAUCAACUGCAUCAUCAGCAAUACCAUUAUCUGGUUUGCUGAAACAUGCAUCAGAAAUCUACACUUUGUCUUUAUUCACAUAUUUUGAAGAAAAAUUUGGGUCACUUUUGAAUCUGACAGCAACCAAGUUAAAUGCACUUGCAAGAACUUUGAAGCUUCUGGAUGGUUAUGCUACCACUGCAUCAGAAUAUUACACUUACAUUCAGUGA